AUGAGUGUGGCCUUCAUUGAUGGUCCGACGGUGACCGGAUUCGUGAAUGAUUCUGAGUCGUUCGACAAAUGGGUCGAUGAAAGAUUUAAAAUGCUUGAUGCUGAUGGCAAUGGAGUCCUUUCCCGCGACGAGCUGCAGGAGAGAUUUGGCAAGCUUUCAUCGAAGGAGUAUGAGCUGCAAUCCAAGGAAGAGAUCAGAGGCCUCUACGACAUUCUCUUUGAAAAAUUCGAUGCUGAUCAAAGUGGCACCAUUGAUCGUGAUGAGUUUAGGUUACUAAUGAAGGAAAUCAUGCUGGCUAAGGCCCGAGGAAUCGGGAAUUCCCCAGUGAUGAUCAUUCUUCAAGGGGAUAGCUUGCUUAUGAGGGCCGUGGAACGUGAGUCAGCUAAAGGCCCGAAGAUGGACAUGAAGGUUGCAUGGAUAAAUGGCUAG